UUAAUAUUUAACUAAAACUUAAUUUUUCUAUUUGACCGUAGUUUAAUAUCAAUUGGUAGGUUAUAAUAGAUUUUAUUCAGUAUUGUAAAAUAUCAGAAAGCUUGUUAAAGCUGUUUAAUUUAAUCAUUAUUUAUUCAUCGUUAAAUUCAUCCUGUUAAUUUAUUUCACGGUAUUCAUACAGAAACUGAUCAGUUCCAGAUAGGAUGGAGCAGUCGGAGUUCCUAGAACCAAGAUUGUCCUUGGAACAGAGCAGAGAGAGGGUUAUUCAUUCAUUCCUAACUACCAAACCGGAAAUCAGUAAUCUCGGAAGAUCGUCGGUUUUAGAUCAAGUGAAGAGCUUCCUCCCCACCAUGGCGACUGCGGACAAAGAUCUGAAGACCGCGAUCAAGAACGGAUUGGGUGAGAAGUUGAAUGUGGAGAAUGUGCAGGAAGAUGAGAAAUAUAUUGAGAUGGAUGUGGCUGUCCUGGACAAGUCGUUGCUCAGGACGGAGACACACCAUGGACCAGCGACUCCGAAGCUGACUCAACCCCCAGCCAAUCAGAAAAUGAUUUCACCAGUGAUUCAGACAUCUCCUCGUCCUCCGCCUGCUCCAGCAGUUCCUGCACCAGUUCAACAAAGUCAACAGUUAGAAAUAAAUCUCAGAAAAGACCUUUAGUAGAAGAUAUAUCAGAACCAGCCGCCAAAUCAACCAGAACGGAAUCCUGAUAUACUUUAUACAUAUAGUCUAGUAGCAAUUCUAUCAUAUGUCAAUCUAACAUUUUAGAAUAAUCAAAUAAUGUAAAAAGCAAUUCCAAACAUAUUCGAGGAUUCAGGAUCCUCAUCAGAAAAAAAGAAUAAUUUUUCUUGUUAGAGGCCAAUUUAACAUAAAAUAUGAUCCUAAUUAUGUUUUGAAAAUACCUUCAGCACAGAAAUAGACCAAGGACUUGUAAUACUAAUGAAGAAAUUUUAUUGAUCAGAACCUAGGUUUCUUGUUCUAUUGAUCCUCUAAAAAAAUCUAGUUUUUCUUUUAUGUUUUAAAAUUGUUCUUACUUCUGGAACCUAUGUCGAUUAAUUUACUGAAUAAUUUCAGAAGUGAAAAUGAAAUUCUCGUUCCAGUUUUCCAACCUGUACGGGACAGUUUACAGGAACGGAGAUCUUAUAUUUACUCCGGACGGGAAUACUGUUAUAUCUCCAGUCGGGAACAAAAUAUCUCUCUUUCAUCUGAAGAAUCACAAAUCCGAAACUUUACCAAUAGAAUCCCGAUAUAAUUACACCACUAUUGCGCUUUCUCCGAACGGAGUUACUCUGAUAGCAGUAACAGAAGAUGGAGAGAUUCAUCUGAUAUCACUUAUCAGCAGAACUGUUUUACACAGGUUAAGAACAAACCGGGAGAUAUUAAGCAUCAAGUUCAGUCCGGACUCUAAACAUUUUGCACUGACGAAGGAGGAUAAUGUGUUUGUUUACAAGAGUCCCGGACCAUACUCAAACGAUUACAGUCCUUUCGUCAUGGAAAAAAUAUUAAAGGGUGCGUAUGAUGACACUACCUGUUUAACUUGGUCGGACUGUUCCAGAAUCCUUGCUGUCGGGGCUAAAGACAUGACUGUACGCAUUUACUCUCUGGACAAGUUUAAGAACUUUUCCGUCUGCUCCCUGGGUGGAAUGACAGAUCCUGUGGUCGGAGUUUUCUUUGAAUCCAACUCUUUAGAUUGUUACAGUAUCAGUGGGGGAGGACAGAUUUCCGUAUGGGAGAGUAGUAUUGAUGUUGAGAGCUUGGAGCUCGGAGACCCUGUUAAACCACCCAAAAAGAGAAAGAAGGUCGAGGAGGACGAGGAGGAUGACCUGGAGGAGAACAAGGACGUCGAAGUGCUCGAGUCCGAUGAGAAGGGAAAUGAAGUGUCUCGUCUCAUUUAUACAAGAAGUGCGCGACAUUUUCUACGGAAUCAUAUUGAAGACGGAAAGUCAAGGUUUAGUCUCACAGCAACAGAUUUCCAUCAAAAAACUAAAAUUCUUGUAACUGGGUUCAGCAACGGAAUAUUUCUUCUCCUAAGCAUGCCUGAUGCAAGUCUUAUUCACAGUCUUGCAAUCUCGGAGCAAUCCAUCAAAUCCAUCCGGUUCAAUGCUUCGGGGGAUUGGAUUGCUUUCGGUUGUCCUCAGCUGGGUCAGUUGCUUGUAUGGGAGUGGCAGUCUGAAACCUAUGUAUUGAAGCAGCAGGGCCAUGCUAACGGUAUGACGAGUUUAUCCUAUAGUCCUGACGGUUCCCUGGUUGCUACUGGCGGAGCAGACGCCAAGGUUAAAUUAUGGAACACUAGCUCAGGGUUCUGUUUCAUCACGUUCCAUGAGCAUGAAUCUUCUGUCACAGGAAUUUGUUUUACUCCUAAUGGGAAGGUGGUAUUGAGCUCGUCUUUAGAUGGAACAGUGAGAGCAUUUGACCUUGCCAGAUACAGGAAUUUCAAAACCUUCACAACCCCACGACCAGUUCAACUUAGUUGUGUUAGAGUCGACUCUAGUGGUGAUCUAAUAGUUGCUGGAGGACAGGACGUAUUUGAGAUAUAUCUCUGGUCCCUGACUACAGGACGGUUGGUGGAUGUACUAGCAGGACACGAAGGACCAGUAUCUGCUGUAUCUUUCAGUAGUAACCCUACUUCUAGCCAGCUGGCCAGCGUAUCUUGGGAUAAAACAUUAAAGAUUUGGGAUGCAUUGGAGAACAACAGCUCUAGAGAAGCUGUACAGCUAGUGAGUGAAGGUAUCGGGGUAUGCUGGAGACCUGAUGGUUUAGCAGUAUCCGUCUCAACCCUAACCGGACAAAUUUUAACUUUUGAUGUGAAAUCCUCUGCUCAGAUUGGAACCAUCUCCGGCAAGAACGAUUUAAAAAUGGGUAAAGGGGAAUCAGACAAGAUAUCCUCCAAGAAAAAGUCCGAGACUGCUCACUUCAGCUCCUUGUGCUAUUCUGCGGAUGGAUCAUGUAUCCUGGCAGGCGGAACCUCAAAGUUUAUUUGUAUUUAUAAUGUCUUGGAACAGAUUCUUCUAAAGAAAUUUGAGAUCACACAGAACCGGUCCUUUGACUGCAUGGACGAGACGAUUAACCGAAGAAAGAUGACCGAAUUCGGAAACAUGGCUUUGGUUGAGGACAGAGAGGAUGGACAUGCUCUCAAGCUUCCCGGAACCAAGGCUAGGGAUAUGUCUUCUAGAAGUAUUAAACUAGAGGUUCGGGUUUCCGGUCUUAGAUUUUCUCCGACCGGUCGAUCCUUCUCUGCGGUUACAUCCGAAGGGUUGCUAGUAUACUCGCUAGAUCGGCAUUUGGUAUUCGAUCCGUUCCUUCUAGAAACUAAAAUUACACCAGUGUCUAUCCGAAAGGAUAUCCAGAGAAAAGAGUUUGGGAAAUCUCUGGUAGCAGCAUUCAAGUUAAACGAGAAAAGUUUGAUACGAGAAGUUUUUGAACAGAUUCCAGUUUCUGAUGUAUCUCUCCUUGUCACAGAGAUGCCCAUCCUCUUUAUCACCCAGCUUCUUAACUACAUUGGUGAGGAGAUGGAGGAGACGAAGCAUCUCGAAUUUUACCUAAAAUGGUGUCAAUCCAUACUGCUACAGCAUGGAAGUUAUAUUAAAGACAAUUCAAAUGAGUUCAUGCCUAUUUUGAACCUAAUGGUGAAAAAUAUCUCACAAAAAUCCAACAACCUUGGCCAAGUGUGCGACCAUAAUAAAUUCACCAUUAAGUACCUUCUUCGAGUUGGAGAGAAGAAGGAUAGUGAGGAAGAGGAGAAACCGGAGGAGGAGGAUGCAGUUGAAGAGGUUGAAGAUGAAGAGGAGGAUGUGGACAUGGAAGGGCUCACUUCUAAGUGGUCGGACGAUGAUGAUGAUAAUAACGAAAGUGAGGAUGAAGAUAGUAAUUAAAUAUUUUUU